AUGGAGGAUCUCAAUUUAUAUGGCAAAAUCCAUUGGGUGAGCCCAAAUGGGCGACCGGCAGCGGAGCCAAAAUGCGGUUUUGCGGGCGAGAAAUGCAUUAGUUAUACAGGCGAAAUAUCAGCUGGUAUUGCUGGCGGUGCUUUGCUGCUACUCGGUAUUAUAUCGUUGGUUUUGUAUCGUAAUUGGCGCUAUGAACAGGAAUUGGAUAGUUUGUUGUGGAAAAUUGAUUUUCGUGAAGUGCAAAUGCAUGAAAGCGAAAAGGAAACAUCUAGUCAAAAACAAACAAGGUCCACACAUCCGCUGAUACGCACCAGCCAGGUGAGCUUAAGCUCUAAUCCAGAUGCUGAUUUUCGUUAUACCACAAUUUUUACGCCGAUCGGGCUCUACAAAAAUCAGUUGUAUGCGAUCAAAAAAGUACGAAAGAAAUCUGUGGAUAUAACGCGUGAAAUGAAGAAGGAAUUGAAGCUGCUACGCGAUACACGCCACGACAAUAUAUGCGCUUUCAUUGGUGCCUGCACAGAUCCGCCCAACAUUUGCAUCAUUACAGAGUAUUGUACAAGAGGCAGCUUGAAGGAUAUCUUGGAGAAUGAGGACGUCAAGCUGGACAACAUGUUUAUUGCUUCAAUGGUCGCUGACAUUAUACGCGGUGUCAUCUACUUACAUGAAUCGCCCAUUCGUUUUCAUGGCUCGCUAUGCACCUCCAACUGCCUCAUCGACUCACGCUGGGUGGUUAAACUGACCGAUUUCGGGUUAUUCGCCUUCAAAAAGGGUAUGGAGGAUAGCUCAACGGAAGUGCCAAACAUGACAGCUAAGUGUACAAAGCUACUCUACCGCUCACCCGAACUGCUGCGGCAAGGACCCGCCACACUCGUGCCCGGCACGCAGAAAGGUGACUCCUACUCCUUUGGCAUUGUACUCUACGAAAUUCACGUACGUCACGGCCCAUUCGGCGAAACCGGUCUCACUCCAAUGCAGUGCCUACAAAAAGUGCUCCAACCGCAAGAUCAUCUCUACCCCUAUCGGCCGUCGCUACAACCGCUGGAGACCUCCUUCGAUUGCGUGCGUGAAAUUCUACGCGAAUGUUGGUCUGAACGCGCCGAAGACCGGCCGGACUUCAAAACAAUACGCGCCAAAUUGCGUCCUCUACGCAAGGGUAUGAAACCGAAUAUCUUCGAUAAUAUGAUGGCUAUGAUGGAGAAGUAUGCAAAUAACUUGGAAGCGCUCGUAGAUGAGCGCACCGAUCAGUUGCAAGAGGAAAAGAAGAAGACUGAUGCGCUGUUGUUGGAAAUGUUACCACGCCCCGUGGCGGAGCAGCUGAAGAAGGGCAACAAAGUAGAUCCGGAGAGUUAUGAGCACGUGUCGAUAUACUUUAGUGAUAUUGUGGGUUUCACCGCAAUGUCAGCGGAGAGCACACCAUUGCAGGUGGUGGACUUCUUGAACGACUUGUAUACCUGUUUUGAUUCCAUAAUCGGACAUUACGAUGUGUAUAAAGUGGAGACAAUUGGGGACGCAUACAUGGUGGUAUCCGGUCUACCAAUCCGCAAUGGCGAUCUGCACGCCGCCGAAAUCGCUUCGAUGUCACUUCACCUACUCAGCGCAGUGUCCGAGUUCAAAAUACGUCAUCGACCCACAAACAAACUACUACUUCGCAUAGGCAUUCACACCGGACCGGUGUGCGCCGGCGUGGUUGGUUUAAAAAUGCCACGUUACUGCCUAUUCGGUGACACUGUGAACACUGCCUCGCGCAUGGAAUCCAGCGGUGUGCCACUGAAGAUACACUGCAGUCAGCAGUGCCGCGAGUUGCUGGAGAAGUUGGGUGGCUAUCAUUAUCAAGAACGCGGUGUCAUUUCGAUGAAGGGCAAGGGUGAUCAGCGCACCUAUUGGCUGCUGGGCGAGGAUGAGGACGCGCGCAAUAAGCGCAACUAUGAACGCUCGCAACGACGCGGCUCGCGUGCGCUCAACAAAUUCAUACAGGGCACCAUCAAGCAGAACAAUCAGCAGCAGAUAACGUCCGCUAUGGUCGACUAUGGCAUACGUUCGUCGUUGAAAAAUAAAGCUAUGCCACGCAACUCGCUCACGCGCUCAUCCAGCUUAGAGUCGCCGAAGAAACUGCGCUUCGCCACUGGCAGUCUGCUCGAACAUCAUCGGUAUCACAGCGAUGAGGCGCUAUUGGAGGUCAUCACCGAUUCUUAUACAGGCGUGCGACGCUCUUCUGGCGGUUCGAACCAUUCGCGCUACGAGGAAUCAACACUCUCCUGCGGCAGCGCUGAAGAGCUCACCAGCUGGCAACGUCAGCGUAGGCCCUCCUCUUACCCAACAGCCAAUACGCCGCUGUUGCUCAAUCAUGUGGAGACUUGACAGCGAUUGAAGGCGGAGCAAAGUGACCACAGGGAGUGUACGAUAUAGCAUGGAGUGUCUGUUCUGUGGUCUCCAAGUGGGAAAAAAAUCAAAUACAGGAAUUAGUAGACUAUUUUGAAAAAAAAAAAAUGUAUUCGAGAAGUUAACAAAUUGUAACUUGUUAACUGCUUUCAUUGUAGUAUUCCUCAGCAGUAGGAUGUAGAAAAUUUCAAUAUUAAUGCAAUGAUGCAUUUUUAGUAG